AUUGUUUUUACAUACAAAUUGUAAAACUAAGCUAAUAUUUUGAAUAAAAUAACAUAUUUUACAAAUAUCUAGCACCUAUUUUAUGAUAAAUCCUAUAUAUAUCCAUAUGUAUCCUGAUCACGACGACAUCUUCGUAGCGUCUACCAGUUUGUUGUGUUCAUCAUGGCUUCAACGGAAUCUUUAGUGUGCGACACACUCGAUUUAAGUGGUCAAGGUCUAAAGAAACUUUCCCGUUGUCCGUCAGAUGCAAGUAUCAAUACAUUGAUCAUAGACGAUAAUGAACUUCAACGCCUCGAUAAUCUUGAUUCUUACCACAGGAUUACUAAGCUCUCAAUAGUAAGGAACCAGUUGUUGCGUAUGUAUGGAGUAUCAAAGUUACAUAAUCUUGUAACUCUUAAUUUAGCAAAUAAUGGUAUAUUGACUAUAGAAGGUAUAAAGAAUAUGAUAAAUUUGCAAACAUUGUGCCUAGCUGGUAACAAUAUAAAGUCUAUUGAACAUUUACACACAAAUACUAAAUUGGAGCAUUUGGAUUUGUCUGAAAAUAGUAUUAGCCAUGUUUCGGACAUUUCAUAUCUACAGAACUUGAAGGAACUUUUUUUACAUAACAAUCGCAUAAUAACAUUGAGACAAUGUGAACGCUAUUUACCCACAUCUCUAGAAACAUUUACAUUAGCUAAUAAUAACAUUACUGAUUUAAAUGAAAUGUCACAUUUAGCUAAUUUAAAAAAUUUAGUAAAUUUUUCAAUUGCUAAUAAUCCGUGUGUUAGUAUGACAGUUAACAGUAUUGGUUUUGACUAUCGUCCUUUUGUUAUCAAUUGGUGUAUGAGCUUGAAAUCAAUUGAUGGCUAUCCUGUUGAUCCUAUUGAAAGCUUGAAGGCAGAGUGGUUGUAUUCUCAGGGACGCGGUAGACAAUUUCGGGUCGGUGAACAUGCACUGCUUGCACAAUAUUUAGCAUCUGUCUGCCCUCUUUCUGGUGAAUCCCUAGAAAAUGAAACUGACAGGAAGCUUAGGCUGAUUUUAAGUAAAGCACAACAUCAUCAACAACAAUUAAAUCAACAAAGUGAUACUGGAAGUGUGCACAGCUUAAGUAGCGUCGGAAUGAGUCCUUCUCCGGCCGCUAGGCGUAGACUUAGUCAUAACAGGACAAGUUCUCCUAGACGUACCAUUGCGCCAAUGUUGACAUACUAUGAAGAUAAAUGCUUACAGUCACCAAAAUUUUAUGAAGCAAAGUACUGUGUGUGCCAUACACCUUGUAAAGGUACAACAAGAAAUUCAUUAAGAAUAAGGUCUCCAGAUAGAAUGAUAUCUAGUUGUCACACUGAUGCUAUGGUUUCUUCAUGUCACACUUUGUUAAAUGAAGAUCAUGAGUCAUUAAUGACUCAGAGUUUAGAUCCAAAUAUGCUUAGCGGUACUUUAAACAAUAAAGCAUUAAACGCUUCUGUUCCACAAGAUAUAGAAGAAACAUCUAGCCCCCUUCAAGCCGCAACGAAAUUAGUACCAGUUCCAGAAUCUCUAAUGAGUCCAGAUUUUCGCCCACCUUCUGGUCUUUCACGUGUUCUAGCAAAAACUCCACCAAGUAAAUUAACAUCACCUUGCCAAGUUACAGUGCCCAGUAAAUCCACUUCUGAUGGAGAUGGCAAAGUUAUUCCUAUAAUAAAUACAGUAAAUCCAAUGGCAAAAACGAAUCUUAGCGCUGUGAAAGCAAAUGCACUUGUAAAAAGUAAUUCUGCAACAAACUGCAGUAUCGGAAAACCAAAUAUUGCUAAACCCAUUAUCACAAGUAGUAGUAUUAAGUGUCCCCAUAGCGUGAAAAUUAAUAAUUAUGUUCAAAGUAAAACAUUGCCUGCAAAACGACCUACAAAAAACUCACCGAAUUUAGGCAGAACCAUACAAAGGCCAAAAAGUGCAAAUGACAGAAUAAAGAGUAGUAUGGUAAAAAAAAGUGGAGACGUAGAUGCAGAUAAUGCUACUCAGAGCAGUGAUGAAGAUAGUGAAAUGUGUCAAGCAAAAUUAGACGGUAUUCGACAUAGAGCGAUUCAAAGAAGACAAGAAGAUAGUAACAAAGAUCAAGAUGAAGCAGAGAAAGCAGCAAUAUGCAUUCAAAGAAUGUGGAGAGGAUAUCAUACUAGAAAUCUUAAUAAAAAAGCAACCAAUAUACUGAAAACUAUUGAAAUGAUAAGAACAAAUAAAUAUAUUCAGAAAUUGUCUACUGACAUGGAAGCUACUAGAACUGCUUUAGAAAGUGAACAUAAACUACAAUUAUUGCAAAUGCAAGCAAUUAACGCAUUAUGGAAAAAAGUUGUUAGUCUUCAGCCUGCUGCUAAUCGAGAUUCUGCAGGCAAUGAUAAUGAAAACAUUGCACAAAACGUAGAUGUUGUAACUAAUUUAGCGCAAACAUGUAAUUUGUUGCAUACUCAGGUGCAACAAUUACAAGAUUCUAUGUCAGAAAUAAAACGAUGCAUGUCAAGUAUGCAACCUAAACCAAAUCUAGUCGAUAACGGUGUCGCGACUCAAACUGAGAUAUCUGCUGUUCAUACCCCAGCAGGCGAAGAAAACACAUUUCCGUACGCACGGCCACAUAGACCGCAGACUUUACCAAUUCAUCAGACUAUUCAUGAAGGAAAUGAAAAUAAAAGUUUUGCAUCUAAUUUGAUUGACAGUGUGUUAAAAAAAGUCUCUCAGUCUACGGAUACGACAGAUGAUGAAGUUAAUACUGACAUUUUAAAUUCGAAUGAAAAUCCUGAAAUAUUGAAUUCAAAUGAACAUCCUGAUAUGUUCAAAAGUUGUGAAGAAAUUAUAGAACCUGAUUUCAAGGAGAUAGUAGAACAUGAUACGAAAGAUGAAUAUGAUAUAAUUGAUAAUGCUGCUCUAAAUGGUGAAGUUUGUGAAGAAACAUUAUAUAAGGAAUUGCACAAUUUAAUUGAAACAGAAAUUACAACAGAAAGUUGCACAAAUCUUGAAAAAGAAAAUAGUGGAGAAGAAAUUGAAAAUGAACAACAUUAAUCUGAGAGAACAUCU